AAGCAGCUUCAGAAAGGCAGACACAGAAAGGGCAGAUGCAUCGGCCCGCUGCCUUGGGGUGGGCUUAUUAUAACAAAUAUAUACGCACAAAUGAGUAAACUGUUUGGCUGCACGAUAGCUCAUAUGUGGGUAGCAGUUAUUCUAGAAAAGCAUCCCUCCGCGGCUUUCAAUUUAAAAUGCCUAUUUUAGUUUUUCUGUUAGACACGUCCGCUUCUAUGAAUCAGCGCACUUAUUUGGGUACGACGUAUCUGGACGUUGCUAAAGGCGCGGUUGAGAUCUUUAUGAAGCUGCGUGCCCGAGACCCGGCUAGUAGAGGCGACAGGUACAUGCUAGUUACAUUCGAUGAGCCACCAUACGGAGUGAAGGCAGGCUGGAAGGAGAACCACACCACCUUCAUGUGCGAGCUGAAGAACCUGCAGGCGUCUGGGCUCACCACGUUAGGGCACGCCCUCCGCACAGCCUUUGACCUGCUUAACCUCAACCGACUUGUAUCUGGAAUAGACAACUAUGGACAGGGCCGUAACCCAUUCUUCCUGGAGCCAUCAGUGAUCAUCACCAUCACCGAUGGGAAUAAGCUGACAAACAGCUCCGGGGUGCCGGAUGAGCUGCAUCUGCCGCUCAACUCUCCCCUGGCCGGCAGCGAGCUCACCAAAGAGCCUUUCCGCUGGGACCAGAGGCUGUUUGCGCUGGUGCUGAGGCUGCCCGGAGCGGCGGCGCCAGACAGCGAACAGCUCGGCAGCGUCCCCACAGAUGAGUCGGCCAUCACCCAGAUGUGUGAAGUCACCGGAGGACGGUCGUACUGCGUGCGAACGCAACGGAUGCUGAACCAGUGUCUGGAGUCUCUAGUCCAAAAGGUCCAAAGCGGAGUCGUCAUCAACUUUGAGAAGACCGGGCCGGAUCCGCCUCUCGGAGGGGAAGAUAACUCUGUGGAGUCCAGUCGGCCCGUUUCCUCCUUUAACCCACAGCCUUGGCACAGCUGCCAUAAACUGAUCUAUGUUCGACCAAACCCAAAGACGGGGGUCCCGGUGGGCCACUGGCCCAUUCCAGAGUCGUUCUGGCCGGACCAGAACUCUCCAACCCUGCCGCCCCGCACUGCUCACCCCGUGGUGCGGUUCUCGUGUGUGGACUGUGAGCCCAUGGUGAUUGACAAACUUCCCUUCGACAAGUAUGAGCUGGAGCCAUCGCCACUCACCCAGUACAUCCUGGAAAGGAAGUCCCCACACAUGUGCUGGCAGGUUUUUGUUAGCAGCAGCGGGAAGCAAAGCGACCUGGGAAAGCCGUUUGGCUACCUUAAAGCCAGUACCACCCUGACCUGCGUCAAUCUAUUCGUCAUGCCUUACAACUAUCCCGUCCUUCUCCCGCUCCUCGAUGAUUUAUUUAAAGUCCACAAACUCAAACCCAACCUGAAGUGGCGCCAGGCUCUGGAGAUGUACCUGAAGACGAUGCCUCCAUACUACCUGCUGCCGCUGAAAAAGGCAAUGAGGAUGAUGGGUGCGCCGAACCUCAUUGCAGACACUAUGGACUGUGGCCUGAGUUAUAGCGUCAUUUCCUACCUGAAGAAGCUCAGUCAGCAGGCUAAAAUUGAAUCGGACCGUCUAAUCGUGUCUGUGGGGAAGAAGGCACCUCAAGAAACUGGCAUAAAAGUGAAGAACCACUCCAACUCCCUCUCUCUGGCCCACCGGCGGGACUUUAGGCAGCUACUGCAGGGCAUCACCGGGGAGACGCCUCUACGCCUGGUCGACAUCAACUUCAAAGAGUUUGCAGGCUUCCAGAUCGCUCUUCUCAAUAAGGAUGUAAAACCUCAAGCUUACCGGAACGCCUAUGACAUCCCAAGAAGAAACCUUUUGGAUCAGCUCACCAGAAUGCGCACCAAUUUGCUGCGGACCUCGUUAAAACUGAUCCGAGGUCAAGAUGAAGACUUCCUACACAGUAUUCCAGUGGCCCAGAUGGGAAACUAUCAGGAGUAUCUGAAGAUGAUGCCUUCACCUUUGAGAGAGAUCGAUCCUGAUCAACCUAAACGACUCCACACAUUCGGGAAUCCUUUCAAGCAAGAUAAAAAGGGUAUGAUGAUUGACGAGGCAGACGAGUUUGUAGCAGGCCCCCAGAACAAGAAAAGGGGACAUUCUGGUGAUUCCAACUCCAGCGGCACCAUGAAGCGAAGACGCAGCAUGUCCCCGCUGCUGCGGCGGCCUCAGACUCCACCGGGCAGCACCAACCAUGUGCUGAUGGGAAAGAGUCCAGCAGGGGUUCAAGGCCAGCAGAGCCCCCUCAAACCCACUCCACAACACAAAGGAGCAGAUGGAAGCAACAUGGUGGUCACCGAGAGCAACGGUGAUGUUGUCCUGGACUCUGGUGAGGUCUGGCCCUCUGAGGUGGAAACAGAGGUGGUCAACUCAUCUUCCUUGAUCUUGGAGGAAAAGCCUGCAGUAGUGACAACAUUUCAGGAAGACGGAGCGAGCAUGGUGGAGGGCGAGCUCGUGGAUGAUAAUUUAGAAGAGCUGAAGAUGGAGGAAAGCCACAACUGCGACCGCCUUAGUCCACAGAGCGAGCUGGAGGACACUGAGGAUGACCUCACCGGACUCCACACUGUUUACAUCACCCCGCUGGAUGGCUGCCAGGCAGAAUUACGGAGCAGAGUCAUCAAGGAGGUCCGCAAACCUGGACGGAACUAUAAAUCCAUUCUCAGUCUGCUGCAGCAGGUGAAGGGACCAGUCAAUGUUCAGAAGUAUUUCAUCCAACAUGCAAUCAAAGAAGCUGUGAGGUUCAAAAAGCGAGUAUUGAUCCAGCAGCUGGAGACGGCCCUGGCUGAGCUGGAGGGGGACGAAGCCCCGCGUUCGCCGCUUCCCAAUGACCACGGAAGGUAGUGACUGCAGGAACCUACCCCCCCAUCUCCUGGAUCAUGCUUUCAUUGCUACAGGGUUUCAUCACCACUAAAGGCAUCUGCUCUCGUGAUCAGCCCAAAUUA